AGCCCAACGCAGCAGCAACAGCAGCAACACCGGUGGCGGUGGCGGCCGUUUAUUUAUCAUCGCGGCAGCCGAGGGGAGUGAAGAGAACCCAGGGGGAGGAGGAGGAAGGAGAGAAAAGGAUUUUUACGUCCACCAUCCCCAAGCAUGGCUACCCGUAGCACGGCAUCAUGCACUGGAUCCACUCUGCUGCAGCCCAUCAGCGAAAUCAUCAACCUCCCCGUCGACCAGGUAAACUUUGUGGCAUGCCAGCUGUUUGCUCUGCUAAUGGCCGUGUGGUUCCGUCUCUACCUCCAUCCCAGUAAGACAAGUCCCUUCGUCAGACACGUUGUGGCCACUCUGCUGGGAUUCUACUUGGCUCUCUUCUGCUUUGGCUGGUAUUCCCUCCAUUUCCUGGUGCAAAGCGGUUUGUCGUACAGCGUGAUCGUCUUCGCCGGCCUGGAGCACAUGCACAAAUACUGCUUCAUCGUGACGCUGGGCUACUUGAUCGUGUGUCAGGUCACACGUGUCUAUGUGUUCGAUUACGGCAUGUACUCUGCAGAUUUCACUGGGCCCAUGAUGGUGAUAACACAGAAGAUUACCAGCCUUGCAUUUGAAAUACACGACGGUUUGACCAAGCGAGAUGCACAGCUGACUCCAGGUCAGAAAUACCUUGCUAUCAGGCGGAUGCCCAGCCUCCUGGAGUACCUCAGCUACAACUGCAACUUCAUGGGAAUCCUGGCAGGGCCCACCUGCUCCUACAACGACUACAUGGCUUUCAUCGAGGGCACCUGCUACCAGCCGCGACACCAGGAGAACGCCAACGGCAAAGAGAACGGGAAACAUAAGCAGAGUGAACCAUCGCCCAAGGAUGAUGUCAUUUCCAAGCUGUGCACAUGUGCAAUCUCGCUGGCCAUCUAUUUGUCACUGUGCAAACUAAUCCCAGUGGAGCGGUCCAUAGAUGACGACUUCAUUACCAACACGCCCUUUUACAUACAAGUUGUCUACCUUUACCUGGCCAUGCUGGCUCUCAGACCCAAGUACUACUUCGUAUGGACGCUAGCUGAUGCUAUCAACAAUGCAGCAGGAUUCGGCUUUAAUGGAUACAACAAAGACGGCUCCCCGCGGUGGGACCUGAUUUCCAACCUCAGAAUUCUGGACAUUGAGUUUGCCACCAGUUUCAAGUUGUUCCUUGACAACUGGAACAUCCAGACAGCUCUUUGGCUCAAAAGGGUGUGUUAUGAGCGCUGUCCCAUCAACCCCACUGCUGCCACCUUUCUACUGUCAGCCAUGUGGCACGGUGUGUACCCUGGCUACUACCUGACCUUCUUCACUGGCAUUGCCAUGACCAUGGCAGCACGUGCAGUAAGACACAACAUCAGACCUCACUUCCUGGUCUCUGACUCAUACAAGCGCAUCUACGAUGUCAUCACGUGGGCGUGGACUCAAGUUGCCAUCAGUUACACAGUGGUGCCAUUUGUCCUACUCGCUGUGGGACCCUCGCUCAAAUUCUACAGGUCCUGGUACUUCUGCUUACACCUUCUGUGUCUGCUGGUGGUCCUGGCCCUGCCGGUGAGGUCGCGACGCCGCAGGGUGGAAGGUCAGCAGGACAGCCCGCAGCAGGUGGACGGCAGCGCCUCAAACAACUGCAGCCAGAAAGACAAAACCACAUGAGGCUCAGGAGAAGCAGCACUAGUGAGACGAACUGGAGACCCCUGAGAGCUGGAGAGCGUGGCGAGUCUGUUGGUCGGACCAGGAACCAAAUAUUGGACGUGCUCGGACAGAACCCGACAAUACUUCCAGUAGCAAAGGAGCACCGGCGCGAUAGUGGUUACAUUACAUUUUACUAGUGGAAAAAUGGAGAUAAACUGAAUUUCAAGCUGCCUUAAACCCUCUAUGUACGUGGCAGGUGCGACAACAACAGCUACCACUUGUACAAAGAGUAUGUGGAGGGUUUUUGUCAUUGUCUGGAAACCUUUAUCAUCAGCUGCCAACUUUCAAACAGGCCUUAGGAUCCUCAAAAUAUUGAUGGGAGUUCACAUAAUAAUAAUAACAAUAAUAAUAAUAAAUGUUUUGUAUUUCGAUGUUUGUGACGACACUAUUCUCAGAGAUGAAUCGAUUGGUUGAAGUCAUGGAAAAGUCCCAAAGAGGAAACCGGAUCUCGUCUUGUCUCCAGUGGUGGAAACGUCGCACCCAAUUGUUUUCUUGUUUUCCCUGCUGCUUUUGACAAACUUAUCAGCGUCAGAUAUCUGUGUGUUUCAAAGGGAGAUGAUUAACUCUGUUGCGGCUUUGCAUAGUCUUCUCAAGGGUCUUUCCUUUUGUGGGUUACAUGGGGUGUUAUUUUUAUUUUUAUUUUUAUUUAACAUGCUCCUACAUUUCAGCCUUGCCCCGAAAUGACACAAAAAUGUACAAUAACUACAAGGCGUUUCACAUCUUGUACAGUGGUCUAAUCACAUUAUGUCGCAUUAACUUUAAUAGUCCUUAUUUAAUAACAAGAGUAGCCGUAAUUAUCCCACUGAACGGGAAAUAACAUUUUCCCAAUUGGUGCACAUAGAGGCCACAAGUGAGUGCAAUUUGCCUUCAUUGUAUUAUUGUGGAAAUUUUGUUUGACUUGAUAAUAUUGUACAAAAAAAGUAAGAUUAGGCGGGCUGUUGUGGUAACUUAUUUUUUACGUUAAGGUGCAUUUACUGUAUGGUGUAUGACACACUGGCUACAUUGUUUUUGUUCACUUUAAGCCUUUGGGAAAGAUUGUCCUGUUUAUUGUAACACACACCCCUCGUCACGCUGCACUGCAGCCCACAUGUUGGGUUUAGCAGGCGGCGCACUGUUGCUAAAAUGUUUUGACAUAUCCUUUAAGCGAGUGGGACGUUCAAGGUUCAUGGUGCAUUUGUAAAAUAACAAAGCACCCAAGUUGACAAGUUCUUGGAGUUCUUUUUGUUUUCCUUUUGAGAUGGUCUAACAUUUGCAUAUUCCUGCCAUAACUGUGUGUGCGUGCGUGCGUGCCUGCGCGUGCGUGUGUGUGUGUGUGUUCAUGUUCAUGUGGUUCGUGCGUCAUGUCAAUGUGGUCAACUAUUUGUAGCUCUGUAAAAGGUGAGCACCUCUAAGAUAAAGAAAGGGAUGUCAUUCUUUCUGGAACAUUUUAGAACAUGAUUGCACUGCAUGGCCACCAAAACCAGCAGAUCAAUGCAAACUGCUCCAUAUGUCCAAAGUGCCAAAUCAUUGAGUGGCGCAUUUUUGUGUAUGUGUGCAUGUGCGCCUGCCUGCUUGUGUGUGUGUGUGUGUGUGUGUGUGCGUGGAUGUGUCGGUGAGUGUGUGCUUGUGUAACAUAACGGUUAUUUUUGUGUCAGAAGGAAAUUUAUUGAAAGAUUUGUAUGACAGUUCAUUAAAAUUCUGAUUUAUGUGGCAAAAAUAAAGAGGUUAUUUUUAAA